CCCUCUCCACAUCUGUACCAGAGAACUCACACUCUCACUAAUAUUUCUGUAAUUACAUAAAUGUCUAUAUAUAUAUAUAUAUAUAUUAUGAGCUUCAGCUUGUAAUAAUGUAAUCCUGUAUGCUCUUUUACGUUCUCAUGGCUACUUCUUCUUCCUCCUCCUCCUCCUACUCUUCUUUGCUUGUGGUGUUGUGGAUUUAUGUCAUGGGAGCAUGCAUUGGCGGAUGUGGCGUGGCUGGUGAGAUCAGCUUGGGUUCGAGACUACGUGCGAGCGCAAAUGAGGCGUGGGUUUCGGAAAACGGGACCUUUGCCUUUGGCUUCGCCGGCUCGGGUGAAAAGGAUCGGUACCAGAUAGCUAUAUGGUUCGCGCAACUUCCGGGAGACCGGACAGUUGUUUGGUCCCCUAACAGAAACUCCCCCGUUGGCAAAGACGCCAUCUUGGAGCUCGACGGUACCGGCAACCUCAUCCUCACCGAUGGAGCCGCCACGGUAUGGACCUCCAACACAUCCCGCAUUGGCGUCAGGGCCGCCUCCAUGUUGGAUACUGGCAACUUCGUGCUCUACAACUCCACCGACCUCCCGGCGUGGCAGAGCUUCUCUCACCCGUCUGACACCCUCCUCCCUGACCAGCCACUCACGGUCUCGAUGGAGCUAAUGUCAUCCGUCUCCAGCCCGCAAGGUGGCUACUACACCCUCAAGAUGCUCCAGCAGCCCACCUCCCUCAGCCUCGCCCUCACCUAUAACCUGCCGCACGGCGGUGUUGUUGGGGCUGAGCCAUAUGCCAACUACUCCUAUUGGAUGGGGCCUGAUAUAUCCAAUGCUACUGGGGACGUGACAGCGGUCCUCGGUCAGGAUGGGAGCCUUGGGAUCGUCUAUGGCGACUCAUCCGGUGGGGCGGUCUAUGUGUAUAAGAACAAUGACGGCCGUUCGGGCUCAAAGCAGACUGGCUCGGUCCUCCGGAGGCUGACCCUCGAGAAGAAUGGGAAUAUGCGGCUGUACCGGUGGGACGAUGAUGUGAACGGGUCUCACCAAUGGAUCGCGGACUGGGCGGCAGUCUCGAACCCCUGCGACAUAGCGGGAAUCUGUGGGAAUGGCAUAUGCACGCUAAGCAAGAGCAAGACAAACGCCUCAUGCAAGUGCCUUCCCGGGACCUCAAAUGACCAAUCAACUGGCCUAUGUUUGGAGGACUCCUCGUCGAUUGGAAGCUGCAAGUCCGGAGCGGGGAACCGGACGACCGACGAGUUCAAGACCUCGACCGUGCAGCAAACGAGUUACUACUUUAUGGAGGAUUCGGUGAUUGCGAACUAUUCCGACAUCGAAACUGUCUCAAAGUGCGGUGAUGUUUGCCUCUCGGAUUGUGACUGUGUUGCCUCUGUGUAUGGGCUCGAUGAGGAGCAGCCCUACUGUUGGGUACUGAAAGGGUUGGACUUUGGGGGGUUCGAGGACCCGGGCUCGACCCUAUUCGUGAAGGUCCGGUCCAAUGGUUCGGGGUCGUCGGGCGGCCUUGGAAGUACCCAAAGGAAAGUCGUGGUACUUCCCAUUGUUACAAUCAUGGUGAUUCUCAUUGGGCUCCUCUGCUCAUUGCUGUACUACAAUGUCCAUAGAAGGAGAUCCUUAAGGAAAGCCAUGGAGAGCUCCCUGAUGUUCCUGUCAGGCGCUCCGAUGAAUUUUAGUUACCGUGAUUUGCAGAUCCGGACGAGCAACUUUGCCCAGCUGCUCGGAACAGGAGGAUUUGGGAGUGUUUAUAAGGGAACAUUAGUGGAUGGCACUUUAAUCGCGGUGAAGAAACUCGAUCGGGUUCUGCCUCAUGGAGAGAAGGAAUUCAUUACUGAAGUGAACACGAUCGGCUCAAUGCAUCACAUGAACCUGGUUCGACUUUGUGGCUACUGCUCCGAGGGAUCACAGAGGCUUCUUGUUUAUGAGUUCAUGAAGAAUGGUUCCUUGGACAAGUGGAUUUUCCCCUCGCGUAAUUCCUCUGAUAGACUCCUAGAUUGGGGAACCCGGUUCCAGAUAGCCCUAGGAACAGCGCAAGGGAUCGCAUACUUCCAUGAGCAGUGCCGAAAUAGGAUCAUACACUGUGACAUAAAACCUGAGAACAUUUUGCUCGAUGAGAAUUUCUGCCCCAAAGUCUCCGACUUCGGGCUAGCUAAGCUGAUGGACAGGGAGCAUUCCCAUGUUAUGACGAUGGUAAGGGGAACAAGAGGCUACUUGGCCCCGGAAUGGGUCAGCAACAGACCGACAACUGUAAAGGCCGAUGUUUAUAGUUACGGGAUGCUUCUACUGGAGAUUAUCGGCGGUCGGAGAAACCUCGACAUGUCCUUUGAUGUGGAGAACUUCUUCUACCCCGGGUGGGCCUACAAGGAGAUGACGAAUGGGUCAGCAAUGAAAGUGGUGGACCGGAGAAUGGAGGGAUCCGUGGAGGAAGAAGAGUUGAUCCGAGCUUUGAAAGUUGCCUUCUGGUGCAUUCAGGACGAGGUCUUCAUGCGCCCGACAAUGGGGGAAGUGGUGAAGAUGCUGGAAGGAUCGAUGGAUAUCAAUAUGCCCCCAAUGCCUCAGACUGUCCUGGAGUUGGUUGAGGAAGGACUAGACCAAGUUUACAGGGCAAUGAAGAGAGAAUUCAACAAUUUCAGCUCUUUUACUAUCACGAGCCACCUAUCGACGUCAAACGCCACGUGUAGUUACUCUACCAUGUCUCCUCGAUAAUCGAGAAAACCGGCUCGGUCUCGAUCCAAUCAUCUCUCAUCUAGUACAGGAACUGUAUCCGGUAAGGUCAUCAUAGUACUCAGACCAUAGCAUGAUGCCUCCGUACUUAGCUGAACUCUUGAUGGAUGGAAGGAUGCUAGAGGUGAGAUCUCCCGUGGGAACGAAGCCGCUUCCAGCAGCCUGAGGUGCAGCAGGCAGUCCUAGGAAAAUCUCUUUGGCAGGAAUGGCCGAAGUCCACUACUUCCAGGAAUCCUCGAUGUUUGCCACAUUUCCCGGGACGUACUCACAUAGAGUGUUGUCGUACGCAUAGGGGAAGGACAUUGGGGAGCUGCAGUCAAGUACACUUUCUUGCCCCUGCUGCUGUACCCAGGCAGGAACCUUGCAAGGUCAUCUCGCUGGGACCACCUGCGAUGUCAAAAUCAAUCCCAUCUAGAUAGCGUCUCCAAGCGGGCGGGAUGAGUUGUGGCCUCCUAGGAAAUUGUUCCAAAGGCAAGUUGGGACUUCCUGGCAGUUUCCGAUGAAGAGAGGCCAUAGUACCCGGCCUGACCUCCAAUCAAGAGCAUCACCUUGAUGCCUUUCUUCUGGCAAGACUUGAUCUGAGAGCUCAGCGCGGUGCAAGCACCAACUGACGGGUCACAGUGCCCCGCCAGGUUCGGCUGAGGUUCCUGGCCUAAACCAACUACUGGAAGAAAAGCCAGCUUCACAAACUUAUAGUCCCCUGACGUGCAAGUCUCAGACAGGGUGCCCUCAUUCCCGUUCUGGCCCCAGUAGAUGGCGAUCCCAAGUGGCACUGGACCCCACUACCGCCAGAAUGAGCAACGCCAGGGAUGCUAAUUCCACAGAAGCGGGAAACCUCGAAGCCAUUUAAGAGGCAGGUUCAAGCUGAUUAUCUCUAACAGUAACUCGAACACGUUUUUUGCUCGGUGCUCAGAGCGAUAUUGAGGCUCUGUUUAUGUAGUUGUCAGUCCAAAUGGCCUCCAACAAGAAGAGACAAUCCUCGUAUAUAA